AUUUAAACACUGUUCAACGUGUAGCAUAAUUUAUUUAGCGUUUGUCCAGGCGACAGCCACCAUGGUGGACUUGUUACGCAGUGUAGUUUUAUUAUUUUGUAUUUUGGAACAUGGAAAUGCAGCUCCACGACGAGUGAAAUCAACUGUACACAUUCAAGAAAGUAUAAGCAAAGGUGAAAUCGUGGUUGAAGUUUCGCAACUCAUUACUGGGAGCAGGAAUAGCCAUUCACGGACCUACAAAUUAAUUUCACAAAAGGUUCACGCAAUUUCAAAUGGUUUCGAAACUGAUCUAAAAAUCAAAGAGAAAUUUCUGGAGAUUGAACGAAAUACGGGUACAGUCAAACUAGCCAAAGUCUUCGAUAGAGAUGAAAUUUGCUCUGGUGUCCAAACAUGCAUAAUCAAAGCUCAGAUCGCGGUUCUACCACACGCCGCAUUCAAGUUGGUUGAAUUGGAUAUCGUUAUUGAUGACGUAAACGACAACAAACCUACGUUUCCAGUAGCAACGCUCCAGUUGAAUGUUUCUGAAAGUUCUGCAAUUGGUGACGUCAUAAACCUUGACGCGUACCAAGCUAAAGACUACGAUUUCGGCCGAAAUUCUCAUCUUCGAUAUACUACGACACAAAACAAACAAUUCAAUUUGAAAUUUUUUGUGGACGAUAAAAAUUCUUCUCAUCUUCGCCUGUAUGUUAUUGACGAGCUUGAUCACGAAACUGCUCCUGAAAUUAAAUUAGACGUCUGGGCCAGAGAUGCGGGCGCUCCUUCAUUGGCAGGGCAGAUGCGCUUGGUGAUUAAUAUAAUUGAUGUGAAUGAUAAUCAACCAAUAUUUGAGGAGGAGGAGUAUAUUAUUUCCAUCGAAGAAAACGCACCUCGUGGCACCACAAUUGCUAUGUUAAAAGCUCAUGAUCCAGACAGCGGUCUUUACGGCCACAUUCGUUAUUUUAUAUCCACGAGAAACAGCAAACUAGUUCAAAAAUUAGCCAGAAUUGAUGAAAACCGGGGAACAGUGUGGAUCAGAGAGUCCCUUGACAGGGAGAAGCAUAACGGACUUCGUGUACUAAUCGAAGCAAGAGAUUCUGAUCCCGAAAAUCCCAAAACUGGUGAGACAUGGUUAACGAUCAACGUUAAAGACAUCAACGAUAACUCGCCGGUUAUUACGGCCGAUUACAUAUCACAAUCGGACGAAGAUACUGUCUAUGUUUCCGAAUCCACUGGGAACGGGAGUUAUAUCGCUAAGAUAUCAGUAAGCGAUUCUGAUCACGGCAAGAAUGGAAAACUUGAAGUAUCUCUUACAACGCUUCGAGCGAACUCAAAAAGAAACAAAAAUGACAAAGACCAGAAUGACCGACAUUUUGCUCUCACAGAGGAUGGGUUUUUGGAAACUCGAGAAAUUUUUGACAGAGAGACUUGUAGUCAGUAUCGAAUAUUUAUCAGAGCUUGCGAUCAAGGUACCCCACAAAGGUGUUCUAAUAAAGAAAUCACUGUCGUUAUUUUGGACGUAAAUGAAUACGCGCCAAACAUAGCAACGCCACUUAAAACUGUAACGAUGCGUGAAGAUGCUUAUGUGGGAACAACAGUGGCCAAAAUUAUUGCCAACGACGGAGAUAGUGCAAACGGAUUUGCACUCACACGUAACAAGACCGACCAUAUUGUAAAAUCUCGUAACGGUGACGUAACAUUUUCGAUCACGCGUGGGAACGCAGGAGUUUUCAGCAUUGACAAAGGAACAGGACUUAUUCGAUUGAUUUCACCACUAGACCGGGAAAAAAGAUCGGAAUGGAAGCUCACGGUAUCCGCGAGAGACGGAGGAUCGCCAUUUCUGGAAAGUUUUUCGACAGUUAUCGUCAAAGUUACUGAUGUUAAUGACAAUGCACCGAUAUUCGUCAACCCAGGAGUAAAUAAUUCUUUAAUAUAUGCGGAUAUUUCAACCAAUGAAGUCAUAACUACGAUUAAGGCCAGAGAUGUUGAUCACGACAAGAACGGAAAAGUGUCUUAUUACAUCAUUCCCAAACUGACGUCAUCGGAAAAGAAGUCAUAUUUAAAUAACACCAAUUCAUAUUUUAUUUUGAAUCCGGUCAGUGGUGAUCUUCGCCUUAAUUUCAGCAAGCCGAAUGUCACAAAUGCAAUUGGAGUGCACAGUAUCAUAAUAAAGGCUAAAGAUUCCGGCCCUGUACCUCAAGAAACAAACAUUCUUCUUAGAAUUGCAGUGGGAGAGUAUGGUAACAGUAACAGGAGAAAUAUGGAGGUCUCGUCCGCGUCAGUUAAUUUCCUGGUCCUUGCUAUUUCACUGGGCUGUGCAGCAGCGUUUUUGGUGUUUUUAAUCAUUGGAGUCGUCGUUAAAUGCCGGAGAAUGAACAGGGAAAUCAACAGCAUGAACAAAGCAGGAUUGAGCAGGCAAAAUUCACAAGACAAAUUUGCAAAACCUGAAAUCCGACUCUCCGUCAAAUCUCUUAAUAAAAAUAGUACAACAGAAAUGAAUAACGUAAAAGGUGAAAAGGGAGAAUAUCAAUUAACCAAGUCAGAGAGCUUUCAGGAAAGCAGUGAACCGAAGCAAAUACUUCCGGAACAUCUUAAGAGUUCAACCAAUAUCCACCACACUCACAAUUUGACAGUGCCAUCAUUAGACGUCGGUGGCGGUAGAGCUUCAUCAGCGUGUGACAGUGACAGCGGCAAAGGCGAAAGCGAUGUGGAAGCAGCGAGUCUCUUAGUCAAUGAAUCAAGAGCCUACCAUCAAAGAAAAGAGUUGGGAGCUCAAUGUACCGAGACAUGCAGAAUAUAUGGACACAGUGAUGAGUGCUGGAUGCCAACAAAAAAUGAGAUCGGAGGUAGAUUUCAAAAUCCAUCGAACGGUGCGAUAUCUUACGAUUGGGACAAGUUGAGAUCCAGGUGCUACAGUCCUGAUAGAGAAGCCCCGAGUAGGAAGAACAGUAGCAGAUGUUCUUAUGCUUCUACGUCAAAUACUGACAAUGGCUCUUUUGCACCGUCCGAGGCAACGUCUCAUCACAGUGUGUACGACGCAGUCCAAGAAGACGACAACAGACGAGCGUGCUAUCGAUUACGACAUCACGGCCUAAGACACGGACAUAGGCCACGACAAACGGAUUUUGAUGCUCAUCUAGCGCCAUUGCCCCAACCAUAUCCCACAUUACCCUCUAAUUACAACACAAACACAACUACAGCUCAACUAUGUUCCACAUAUCGACAACUAGAUGCUGUGUACGAGGUGAACUAUUCAUCAAAAGACUCGUAUGUACAUCAGGCACCCGUUUUGGCUCGCGGUGAAACGCAGUACAACACAAGACGCGUUCCUCGUCCAUGUGACUUGAAUGUUAUUCCCUUGUCAAAAAGCUCACUCAGUAAUUUAUCUCAUUUAUCUUCAAGACAUUCUAGCCCAACUCGGCAGCCGACUGAAAUGAAAGUUUCUAUGCAAGAGGCCCGAGAAAUUUUGGACGGAAUAGAGAGUUUACUCGUAUGAGUUAUUUAAAUUUUUAUAUUAUUUUUCUUCCUUUUAUGUUUCAACAAUAAAUUCAACUAUAGUUUCAUGAAAGAUA